CAUAUCCUAAGCAUGCAGUAUGCUGUUUUUUCUUGUCUCUAGAUAUCGACGAAUGUGGAACCGGGAGGCACAACUGUGCCAAUGACACCAUUUGCUUCAACUUGGAUGGCGGAUAUGAUUGUCGGUGCCCUCAUGGAAAGAACUGCACAGGAGACUGCAUCCACAAUGGGAAAGUCAAACACAACGGUCAGAUUUGGGUGUUGGAAAAUGACCGGUGCUCUGUGUGCUCUUGUCAGAAUGGAUUUGUUAUGUGUCGACGGAUGGUUUGUGACUGUGAGAAUCCCACAGUUGAUCUUUUUUGUUGCCCUGAAUGUGACCCAAGACUUAGCAGUCAGUGCCUCCAUCAAAAUGGGGAAACCUUAUACAACAGUGGUGACACCUGGGUCCAGAACUGCCAACAGUGUCGCUGCUUGCAAGGGGAAGUUGACUGUUGGCCUCUGCCUUGUCCGGAUGUAGAGUGUGAAUUCAGUGUCCUCCCAGAGAACGAGUGCUGCCCACGCUGUGUCACUGAUCCCUGCCAGGCUGACACCAUUCGCAAUGACAUCACCAAAACUUGCCUGGACGAGAUGAAUGUGGUUCGCUUCACUGGGUCCUCCUGGAUCAAGCAUGGCACUGAGUGUACUCUUUGCCAGUGCAAGAAUGGCCACAUCUGUUGCUCAGUGGAUCCACAGUGCCUUCAGGAGCUGUGAAGUGAACUGUCUCAUGGGAGAUUUAUGUUUAAAGAGUGUUCUUUCUCUUAAAAGACCAAAAACAAAAAGUUAAAACUUAAAUUGGAUGAUUUGUGGGCAGCUAAAUACAGCUUUGUUAAUAGCUGGGUGAACUUUCAAUUGUGAAAUUUCUGGAGCUUGAGAAAAUGGCAAAAGGAAAACUCUUGGGGAAAACUAAACCAAAAUUCUGCCUCUGCUGUACCUGGCAUCAACUUGCAGGAUGGGUGUGGAAUACCACUGCAUCCUGACCCCUGGGCAGGAAGCCUAAGCCAGGGGAUCUUUGACAGCUUCUGUCUUCAGUGGUACAGAAAAUUUUCUUCUAGAUCAGAAUCUUCAUGAAUCAGUUAGGUUCCUCACUGCAAAAAGGUAAAAUGUAAGGCAGUGAAUGAAUUAUAUUUUCAGAAGCAAAGUAAAGAAGCUAUAAUGCAUUAUGUACAGUAUACACUCUGAAAAGAAAUCUGAAACAAGUUAUUGUAAUGACUAAAAAUAAUGCACAGGCAUGGUUACUUAAUAUUUUCUAACAGGAAAAGUCAUCUCUAUUUCCUUGUUUUACUGCACUUAAUAUUAUUUGGUUGAAUUUGUUCAGUAUAAGCUCGUUCUUGUGCAAAAUUAAAUAUUUCUCUUACCUU